AUGUUAUCGAACAAGACAUCGUCAGCUGUUCGCUCAGCUAUCAAUGCAAUUCAACAUUACAAAGUCCUCAAUAUUCUAACGCACGACUGUUUCGAAACAGCACUUGAAACCGAACAAAAAAUAUCAACGGAAAAGAAAAAUGAUUCUCCAUUGCAUGGACGACCGAUCUUAAUCAAAGAUAAUUUCUGUUUACGCGAUACAUUAACAACAUGUGCUUCGAAAAUGUUGGCCAAUUUUCGUCCGCCAUAUACAAGCACUAUCGUACAACGAUUAAUUGAUCAUGGUUGUAUUAUUGUCGGAAAAACGAAUAUGGAUGAAUUUGCUAUGGGAACAGCAAGUUGGGGUGCAUUUGGACCGGUUGCUAAUCCGUGGAGUUUAACGAAGACUAUGGCUACGAACGAGGAAACAAGUAAAACGGUUUUGCAUAUAGCCGGAGGAAGUUCAGGAGGAAGCGCGGCUGCUGUUGGAGCAAAUUUUGUAUCUAUAGCAGUUGGCUCAGAUACAGGUGGUUCCAUACGAAAUCCAGCUGCAAGAUGUGGCUGUUAUGGAUUUAAACCUUCCUAUGGUUUGCUUUCUCGGCAUGGUUUAGUUACCUUAGUUAAUUCAUUCGAUGCGCCUGGUUUUUUCGCUAGAAAUAUUGAUGAUCUAAUCUAUGCAACGAAUGCUGUUGCUGGUUCCGACGGUGCUGACGCGACUCUAUCAUCAAAACCAUUCCAAGCACUGAAAACAUCAUCAGAAUCAUCAAAAGAAAAGAAAAGAAUUGUCAUAGGACUGCCGGAUGAUUAUGAUAUUCGCGCCUUAUCAACGGAAUAUCGCUCAUGCUGGCAAGAUCUCGUGCAUCAGUUGACUGAAACAGGCGAAUUUCUAUUCCGAAGAGUUCAAAUACCACACAAACCGUACGCUAAUGCGGCUUAUACAAUUCUAAGUUCGUCGGAAAUAGCUUCGAACAUGGCUCGAUACGAUGGAAUUCGAUAUGGUCACCAUACCAAAAAUAUUGAUGAGAGUAAAGAUACCUAUGAGACAAUUUUGAAAAAAACACGUGAUGAAAGCUUUGGUGAACGAGUUCGCGGUCGCAUUCUUGCUGGAAACUAUUAUUUACUUGAAGAAAACUAUGAGAAAUAUUUCGUUCAAAGUCAACGUGUUCGACGUGCCAUUGCUAAUGACUAUAGAAAGUUAUUUGAAGAAGAUAAAAUCGAUUGUCUAUUAACACCAGUUGUCUCUGAUGAUCCAAUAACAUUGGCUGAAUAUGAACAAUCAAAUGAAAUCUUUAGCGAUAACGAUGGCUUUACAGUCGAUGCCAACCUAGCUGGUUUACCGGCACUUAGCUUUCCAGUUCGAAUAUCGAGUAAAGGCUUUCCGAUUGGUCUACAAAUCAUUGGUCCAUUCAUGCAAGAUCAAGCGCUUCUUUCCAUAGCUCAGCGUAUCUGUUCAACAUAUCAUUUUCCUUUUCUUGAUCUCAGUACUCAAGUGUAG